GUGAUUACGUGUUCGCUUUUAGACUAGCAGCACUUAUAGUAGCACUGGCAUUAGCUGUAGUAGUGAGCUUGGUAAACUGCACUUCGCCACAGCAGCGCUUCCGUUGUGUAUAUACAGAGAAAAAUGGGGGAGACGCCAUUGACUGACACUGUUCGACGUUAAUUGUGGUGUAACAGCAUGGACUUGCCAGCACUGCAAAUGUUGCAGCAGCACAUCAUUUGGACACUACUUGCUUACAGUCUUGAGGAGAUGGACCCAUAACCUCAAUGCAUUGUACCACGUGAAGUCACUCACAUCACACACACUGCAGUUUGCACUAGGAUAGAGGCCUUGACUGGGCUAGACAUGUUUGCCAAGCUAAAGAAAAAGCUUGCUGAGGAAGCAGCCACGGCACCUCGCAGCGGCGUUCGUAUUCCACGCACCAUCAGCAAGGAAUCCAUCACCUCAGUAGGGGCAGACUCAGGCGAUGACUUUGCAUCUGAUGGCAGCAGCUCCAGGGACGACUUACCGGCUCAAAUCCUAAGAAGAAAUGAUCAGAUCCGGAAGUUGGAAGCCAAGUUGUCAGACUACGCUGAGCAGCUACGAAUUAUGCAGAAGACCAAGGAGAAGCUUGAAAUUGCAUUAGAAAAUCAUCAGGAUUCCUCCAUAAAGAAACUUCAGGAACAGAAUGAGUCUCACCAGGCCAGCACAGCCAAAAUGGCAGAGGGAAUGACUUUGGCUCUGGAAAAGAAGGAUGAGGAGUGGAUGGAGAAGUUUGCUCUUGUGGAAAAGGAAAAAAAUGAGCUGUCAACCAAACUACAGAACAUGAUGGAGCAAAGUGCUACACUCUUCCAGAAAAGGGACGACCUGGACGAACUAGAAGGUUUUAAGCAGCAGGAGCUGGCCAAAGUCAAACACAUGUUACUGAGGAAAGAAGAUCAGCUGAAUAAGCAGGAGCAGGAGUUGCAGCAGAAGGAAGCUGAAGUCAACUUGGCAAAGAGUGGACUGUCCGAGACCCAACGGAAACUCCGACUCCUGGAAGCAGAGCACAAGGAGAGCUGCAGACUCAACUCUGAAUUUGAAAUAGAGCGCGAGGAUCUCCUGCUUCUCAAAGAGAAGGCGGACAAGAAGGUUGGUGAGCUGGAAGGACAUUGUCAGGAGCUCCAGUCUGUCAUCCAGCAGGUGUCAGAAGACUUUCAGAAGUCACAGGGUAUGGUGUCAGCUCUGGAGAAAUCACUGGAGGAUCUACAAACUGAACAUGAUGCGCUUAAGCUGCAACAGCAAAAGGCUGCGGUGACAGAGGAGGAAAAGGAGCGCUCAUUGGUGGAGCUUCAGACGAAAGUGACCUCACUAGAGAGACGACUUCAAGGCAACCUGAGUCAGGAUGAACAUCUACAAGAGCUUCUGAAGGAGAAGUCCAGUCUGGAGCUGAGUCUGCAUAAGACCCGGGCGGAGCUGCUGUCUGUUCGAACGAACCAUGCUGAUACAGUCAGCUCUCUGGAGGCACAGAUUUCUAAAAUGAGUUGCAGCAUCACUGAGCUGCAGACUCUCCUCCGUCAUAAAGACGAUUCGUCCAGAGCCUACAGAGAGAGAACAGAUGCGCAGGUUGCUAAUUUGGAGCAGCAAGUCCUGGAGUAUGGUGAAAAACUAAAAAGUGCAGAGCACCAGGUGACAGACAAACAACAACACAUGGAUAAACUGCAAGGAGAUUGGACUACAGAAAAGGUCUUUCUGGAUCAGCAAGUGUGUUUGUUACAGCAGCAGAGCAAGGAGAAGAUCAGUCAGCUGGAGAAAAACAUCCUUUCAUUAGAAAUGGAAAAAAAGACGCUGCAAGAGACUGUUGUUGAUUUGGAGAAGCAGAGGGGCGAGUUGAACAACACACUGAUGCAGCGGACAGAGGAGCUACAACAGUGCAGGCUGGACCUAGAAAGUCGACAGAUGGUGAGCACAGAAAUCGCCAAAGCUCUGGAAGAAACCAGACGACAGAAGGAGGAGCUGCAGACACAGGUUGAAGAGCAGGUCCUGUCCCUGAAAAGAACACAGCAGGACAUGUCCACUGUCAGGGAGACACUGACUGCAAGAGAGGAAGAUGUCAAAACUCUGCAGAAUGAGGUACAAAGCCAACAGACUUCCCAUGCCACGCUGCAGGAAGAGGUGGAGAAGUUGCAAGCUCAGUUAAAGCAAGUGGAGCUGGACAGAGACUCUCAGCUCAGCAGCCUAAAGGAGCAGCUGGUCAGCCAGACAGAGCAACUGGACAGCUCCCAGUCACGGAUCCUGUUCCUGGAAGUGGAGGUGGAGACCCUGACAGAGCAGCUCCGCACCCCUGUGGUGUGUGAGGAGGAUCAAAAUGGCAGUGUGACGAUGGAUGAUCUGGAUCACAUUCAGAAUGUCAACAAAGAUCUGGAGCAGCAGCUCAAUGAUAAGAACAAGACCAUUAGGCAACUGCAACAAAGACUGGCUGAACUAAAGAGGACUUUGCAGAAAGAACUGAAGUUAAAGCCCGAACCAGAGGCUGAUGCGAAGGAGAAGUCGACAGAGAGCCGGGCAGAAAAACAAGAGAGGGCUUCUCCAGAUCCCCCACAAGUGUCUGCCCCAAGCCCCCCGAGCUCAAACACCACCGUGACCAACAACUCAGACCUCAGCGACUCAAGGGAGAUCAACUUUGAAUAUCUCAAACACGUAGUUCUCAAGUUCAUGUCGUGUAGAGAGGCAGAGGCAUUUCAUCUGAUACGAGCUGUCUCCGUACUGCUGCACUUCACCCGAGAAGAAGAAGACAUGCUGAAGCAAACGCUAGAGUACAAGAUGUCCUGGUUUGGAUCUAAGCCUUCUCCUAAAGGGAUCAUCAGGCCUUCCAUCUCAGGCUCUUCAACUUAUUGGAGAUGAUAAGCAGCAGAAAGAGAAAGGACUCUGUUCCUCCAUACUAAGGACUCCAGCUUUAAACUGUAAACAACCAGUGACCCCUAGUGGGAAGAACUGUUGUUUUUCUACUCUGUGUGAGGGGCUUGACAAGGGCUGCACAGGUUGUGGGAUAGAUAUAUUUAUAAUGGUUUAUUUUUAUGGUUACAAAAACAGGAAAAGAUGCAUCAUUCACAAUUGAGAUCAAACCAUUGUAUAUUUCUCCGGUUGGGAAAUGCAUAUGAUCAAGAGAGAAGUCUGAUUAAAUGCCGUUCUUUUAAAUAAAAACAAAGCAGCACAGCACACGUGGUUUAUAUGAGGGCAGGACAUUUGUGUUAGCUGGACAACAUCUAAUGCUUUCAGCCACUGUUGGAACCUUUAAAUCUGUCACAUAAAGAUUAUACUGUAGAGUUAGAUAAUGAAAAUCUUUCUCACUCAGAUCCUUACUACAUCACACAAACUGACAGAUCUUGCCAAUAAGGACCUUUAGUAUAGAAACCUUGUGGGAUCAGAGGUUUUUUUUUUGAACGGGCUGUUGAUGCCUACUUCAGUGUUGAAAAUCAAAAGAACUCUGCACAGGUGCUGAAAGAAGAAAGAAAAACUAAAUCAAAGUGAAUACUGUUGAUUCUUAAUUGACUCUUUGGGUUAUAAUGAGUGUGUAUUAUGUUAAUGACAGAAGGACUGCCUUUAACCUGCAUAUGCUGUUGUAAAUGAAAGUACAUUCCACAUGUAAAUUUCUGUAUAGAGGAUGUACAAAUGGUAUGACAUGAGAUCUUUAUAAAUUGGUGGAUGUGAGUGGUUUGAUGUUUUUGCAGUAUUUAUCAAAAUCAAACCAGCACAGUUGAUUGGUUUCUGCUCUAGGUUCUAUCUUGACUACCCCAGUCCACAGUGUGACUUGAGUCACAUGAUGGUGAUUUUAUUUAUUUUCACAAGUGAAUAGGCUGCAUGCCUGCUGGUAAAUUAUUUAACACUUGAUUACUUUCUUUACAAGCCAGUCCUAACUUUAUUCAUCACUUUUCAUACCAAAAUUCAGGAGGUUCUGCUGGAUUGGGUUUUAAAUUCACUGAUUAUUGUGAAGAGACAUUUAGUUUAAACUUCUAUGAACAUAAUUUCUAUAACUUGUUUUUCAAAUUUUACAGUAUCUCAGAGCAGUGUGCAUACACAGUGCGGUCAGGGUUUUCCAUAAUCCCAUAAAAUCUAAACUAUAACCUUUAACUCACUUGGCUCACGAAGGUUCAUGUAUUAUCUACCAACAUGGGAUACAGGUUUGCCUGCAGAAAAACAUGUAACCACUGAACAGUUCAGUGUGGUGUAGCAGACUCCUGUUUACACAGAUACUGAAGUCAUGAGGAUAAUUUAAAAAAAAUGCAAAUUGACUUUUUACUGCUACAGAUUCUAAUCUACUGCCCACUGCUUACUUUGGUGAUGGGUUAAAAGCAGAGGCUCGGUUUCAUUGUAUCCCUGUAGUACUGUAAAAAAUAAAGACCAUGAACAAAACACUCAUCCAUCAAUCAACAAUCAAUAUUUGUCUUUUCCUUGGUAUGAUUUAACAAGUGCUGCUGAUUUUAUUCGUUGUUUCUUAAUAUUAAAUACAAUAUGAGAAAAA